UGGUCCCCGUUAGAUUCCAAAUCUUGUCAUAGAUGCGGAUAUACGGGACAUGUAGCGAAGGAAUGUCAAACGGAAUUACGACAACGUUCAAAUAAAUUAAAUCGUAAUCAACUGCUCCAACAGUUUAAAAAUCGUAAUAAAUCUAAAUUCAAUUCAUACGCCGAUGCUACUAAGGGAAAUAGAUAUCCUAAUAAUCGACAACGACAUUGGAAUCAAAAUAAUAUUAUCAACCGACAACGUAAUAACAAUACUUAUACCUUUAGUGAAGAAGAAAUGCAAGCUUGGGGUGACGAAGAAGAUAUAAGUGACAACAACCACAACCCAAUUCAAGGCGGUACUAGGAAAGGAGGCUCUAUGCAUGAGCCAAAUAACAACACACAUACAUCUUCACAAAAUGAUUUAUCAGAGAUCAAAAAACAACUUACUACUUUAAAUGCAAUGAUUACCGAAUUUAGAAAAGAAAAUGAUAUAGUUAGAAAAGAAAUUAAUUCAAUUAAAGAAACCUUUAAAAAUAAUAAUAAUCGUAAAGGUCUCCAACAAAAGCCUGACAAAUUACCAAUUGUUAACGAUAAUAAUAAGCGUGCCAAACCUGACUCAUCUUCAAGUGAAAAUGAUGACAACAACUUAGUGCUUAACUUAGAAUCAAGAGUAGAAAAACAAGAUAGUUUAUUAAAUAAUAUGUUCAAUAUGAUCACGAAACUUACUGGACAACUUUCUGAUAAAGAACAAAAUGAUUCUACUACAAACAAAAUUGCAAGUAUUGGGGGUACUAGCAAUGCAGCCAACCAGUUCGAAUCCACUUUUUAA